GGAUCGGCAGUGGAGCUCUCGGAUGCCAACUCAUUGCGCAUCAACAUACAUGACCCAUCUCAUAAGCCGCACAGAGCUAGCCCUUCCUAUGCUGUCCUUCCUAACGUCGUCAUGUAACAUGCGACUUGUCACCGCCUGCGCCUGAUCACCGACUCGCCAGCCUUGAGACCGACCUGACCUCCUAUUGCCCGCUAGCCUUAUAGUCCCGCCGGGUCUUGAUCAUGCAUAAAUAUCUCCUCUAGAGAGGGUCUUGAUUAUGGAUGCCGAGCCCAACUGCGCGAUAUGUAGCGCACCACCGCACUCAGGAUGCCUCUGCGAGUCAGAGCGUCUUCAGAUCGCCCUCGAUCAGGCCGAGAGUAGGGCCAUGGAUGAAAAGCAAGCACUUGUUCGUGACUGGGUAAUCACCAAUGCGCGCCAGCACAUCCAGCGCGCCUUCCAACGCCUCACCAAAAUUCGCCAACAUGCGCAGACCGGUUACCUCAACUCGCUCCCUCAUUACGAUAUCUACAUGCGCUUCUCCGGCGCGCCACCCAUACAUCCCAUGUAUAUCCAACAACUGCAGUCGCAGAUUGCCGAGGCCCAUGCUGACUUCAAGCGUGGCAUUGACCUCGACUGGAAAGCUUCUGUGCUGCGGUAUCCGGAAGUACUGGAUUACUUCUAUAGCCUUGUCGAACUGAAGAUGCCCAGCGACGAUGACAUGAGGGUUGCGCAACCUCCAUUUGCGGUCGCGGGAUAUCAGGAUCGAGGGUAUAUGGCGGGCGAACCAUCCAGAGUGGGCAGUGAGAAGCCGAGGAGGAGCAAGAGGAGAGACAGCGCUGGAGCUAUGGGGCAUUCCACGGCAGGGGGACUAAUGAGGAUACCGCUGCCUCAUGUACCGAGUCCGCCGACGCAUCAUCCUGGUUACGCGCGAAUGCCCGACGACUAUUAUGACUAAGCUGGAAGAUACGACUCAUCGAUUCUGCAUUUGUUGGCGUUGACUGGAGUUACUGUUUUCUGUUUCUGUAUCUAGAGGAAGUCUACUACUAACUGAGACAAAGCAUAGCGAGCGUGUUGGCUUCUUCAUGGCGAGUGUGGUUUAGAGCCGCUAUUAUUUUGACAAACAUCGAUUUCAGUUCCCCAGUAUCAACCGUUAGUAGGUACUCUUUUAUAGCUAAAUAAGCUGCAUACAGCAUCAACAAUUAUGAGUUAUGGAGGUCUUUUG